AGACUGUCACAAGCCCCUCCGUUAGAGACAAGAUGAAACUCUUGGCACUGCCCUCCGUCCUGCUGGUCGUUUCCAGCAUCCACGCUUUCCAGUAUGAGGAGCUGGUGCAAUAUGUCGACAGCCAUCAAGAGGAAUAUGUCGAGGCUCUGCGGGACUGGGUGGCAAUCGAGAGUGACUCGAGUGAUGUCUUGAAGAGGCCAGAUUUGCAUCGUAUGAUGGAGAUGACGGCUCAGAAGCUGAGGCUGAUGGGAGGGAGCGUGGAGCUGGUGGACAUCGGGGAACAAGAGCUUCCUGAUGGGCAAACACUUGCCCUGCCUAAAGUGGUGACAGCCCAGUUUGGCAACGACCCCAACAAAAGCACAGUGUGCAUCUACGGUCAUGUGGACGUCCAGCCAGCUAAGAUUGAAGACGGCUGGGCAACAGAGCCCUACAACUUAACUGAAAUCGAUGGUAACUUGUAUGGAAGAGGAGCAUCAGACAACAAAGCUCCAGUUUUAGCCUGGAUUCAUGCUGUGGAGGCUUACCAGGCCCUUAGUGUGGAGCUGCCAGUGAACGUCAAGUUCAUCAUUGAGGGGAUGGAGGAGACGGGCUCCAAUGGCCUGGAUGCCAUGAUCCUGGCCCAGAGAGACACUUUCUUCUCUGAUGUGGAUUAUAUCAUCAUCUCAGACUGUGGCUGGCUCAGCAGACGACCGGCCCUCACCUACGGCACCAGGGGCAACUGCUACUUCUUUGCUGAGGUUGAAGGGCCUAAGCAGGAUUUACAUUCAGGAGUAUAUGGAGGCACUGUAAUAGAGCCAAUGACCGACCUAAUUGGCAUUCUUGACACGCUGAUCAGUCCCAGUGGUAAGAUCCUCAUCCCUGGGAUAAGGGAGGCAGUGGCCCCCCUCUCCGAUGAGGAAUGGAAAAUGUACCAGGACAUCGAGUUUGACAUUGAAAACUACAAGAGCAAGAUUGGAGUUAGCCAGCUCAUGUACAGCAACAAGGUAGACUUAUUGGCCCACAGGUGGCGCUACCCAACUGUCUCCAUCCAUGGCAUCGAGGGUGCCUUCUCUGCCCCAGGCAGUAAGACUGUCAUUCCUGCUAAGGUUACUGCCAAGUUCUCCAUCAGACAAGUUCCCAAUAUGGACCCAGCUAUGGUCAAGAAGCAGGUAACAGACUACCUGCACUCAGUGUUUGCCAAGAGGAAGAGUCCUAACAAGCUGAAGGUGACUAUGAUCAUCGGGGCCAAGCCUUGGCUGGCUGACACCCAGCACCCUCUCUAUGAGGCAGGGAAGGUUGCUGUCAAGAGAGUCUUUGACGUGGAUCCUGAUCUGAUCCGUGAGGGCGGCACCAUCCCCAUCGCCAGAACCUUCCAGGAUGUCACAGAGAAAAGCAUCAUCAUGCUGCCUAUCGGAGGCUUUGAUGACGGGUUGCACUCCCAGAAUGAGAAAAUGAGCAGGUACAACUAUAUCGAAGGAACCAAGCUAUUCAUCGCCUACCUACACCAAGUGAGCCAGAUUAAGAAGACCCAAGUGUGACCGUCCAGUGUGUCUGUCUCAUCUCUCACGUUGAAACCACAGUAUCAAGGCAGUAACAUUUCUCCUGUGAGGAGUGGUUAGCAUUGAAUUUAUUUUAUUUUUUUUUUUCAUGUCAUUAUGUGACUUCCUAAAUUCUAGCAGUACAGCGAGUUCUAUUUGACACAAGUCCGUUUUGUUUUUUUCCCCCGUCUUUAUCCCUCUCUCAACCGUCUAUCUCGCCCAUCUUUUAUUUUAUCAUCUUUUAUCAUCUUUUUUCCAUCACUUGCAUCUCCUCGCUUUCCUUCUCUCACUUUUUCAUUUUCUCUCUUUACUCUCAUUUGCUUUCAAAGUAUAUUUAACUAAAGCCUACAUAACUAAAUAAAGCUAAUUCAUGGGUGUAGAUUUUACACAGGAAGAGUAGAAGGCGGGGGUCCCAUUCACUUUGUAUCUAUCUAUCUAUCUAUCUAUCUAUCUAUCUAUCUAUCUAUUAUUUUGGACAUUUUAAGUCAAUAUAGUGGGAUAUUCUACUACUUGAAUUUUUACAAAAAAAAUUCAGUAGUUAUUUGUGACUGCUUUUAUGAUUUGUUGAAGUGUCUCGAGUGGACUAAUAUUACUAUUCUCAUCACUCAUUUUGCAUAUGCGACACUUUUUAUGCUCCACGAAAUGUCAUACAGUACUGUAAGUGUGUGUGUAUGCGUGGGUGUGUGUGUGUGUGUGUCAUGUAAUAAAAGCUGUA